AUGAAGUCCAUCGCGUUCGCUAGCGUCGAGGAACAGUACCGCAAGUACGGCGAUGGGCUGCGUGCUGCGGACGUGCGAGAGUUGGCCGACUGGGUGCGAGGGUUGGCCCAUCUGCCUCCGGUCAGCGAAUUGGAGCUGAUCCUCUUCCUGCACUCGAACUACUACGAUGUUGAGGCAGCCCGCCAUACGAUCGAGUGCUACUACAGCUUCCGAACGAGCUGCAAAAAUCUUUUCGGCAGCCGCGACCUUUCCUUGCGCUCGAUCCAGCAAGCCAUGGAUGUACUUGACCUGACCGUUCUUCCUGAGCUCACUCCCGAGGGCUACCGAGUGCUGCUGGCAAAGAUCGUUGACCCCGACGCGAGCAAGUUCUCGCUAAGCGCAAUAUUGACGUUUGCAAUAAUGUGUAUCGACAUCGUGCUCUGGGAAGAAGGGUGCAAUAACGGGUCAAUCCUCAUCAUCGAUAUGGACGGAAUUCACCUGGGUCAUUUGCCGAAAUUGGGCAUUUUUACGCUGAAGGACCUGCUGUACUUCAUUCAGGAGGCGUUCCCCAUUCGGCUGAAGGGUCUGCAUCUAGCCAACGUUGUUCCCUUUAUCGAUCGAAUCAUGGCCAUGAUUAAGCCGUUCAUGAAGAAGGAACUGCUUGAAAUAUUCCACCUUCACACCUCCAUGGACACGCUUUUCCAGCACAUUCCGCAGCAGUGUUUUCCGGCCGAAUACGGUGGCAACGCGCCACCCAGAAAGCUGCUUUGUGAUCAAUUGUAUAGCCGCACCGUGGAGUGUGAACAUUUCCUGGCCAACUACGAUCGGCAGAAACGCGUUGACGACAGCAAACGAAUCGCCAGACCACGCACGAUUGGCAAUCUUUUUGGGUUGUUUUGA